AUGAGUUUCAGAGAAAUCUUUCGUUUUCCAUCAAUCUGUGUUUGUUUGACAAUGUUAUUUAUCUUAAUUCAAUAUUCCACAAGUCAACCCGUAGAAACAACGAUCCAAAACGCUGCCGAUAACAGUGCGAAUCUCAUGUGGUUUCGUCCAACGUACGAGUCCGAGACGAAUGACAUCGACGAUGAAAGCGAUGAUUCUCGACAGAAUUUUUUUGUUGUACAUUCGGCCUACAGUCGUCUACAUCAAUCGCCAUCAUCGGAGCCUAGUCGUCGAUCAAACUUUUGGAAACGAGCGAAUUUUUGGCGUAAACGUGCCAAUUUUUGGUGA